GCAAUAUUUAAUUGGACAUUUUGCCAAACUUUUAUCAGAGACAAUUUUUUUGGAAUAGCAAAACAAAUAAUAAGCACUAUGGAUCGUAUUAUGGCCAUGUCUGAAGCUGCUCUCCUUAAGGAAUAUGAUGAGACAAUGGAGGUUGACACAGCAGCAGCCACGAAUCAACCGGGUUCUACCGACAUGUCGGACGAUGGCGCCACCAGUAUCGCCGCCGUGGAAAACCCACAAGUCUUCGUGGUCCCUGCACCAGAGGUCCCAUUGACCUCCAACGAAAACUCCACUGCUCCUGCAGUGGUUUCAGCUCAAGAGGUACCUUUGACCUCACCUGAGCAACAGUCUGCCCUUAUGGCAAUACCGGCUCCAGAAGCCGCAACUACGCAAAAUCCUGAUCCCGUAUCAGGUGCCACAGGUUCGAAUCCGGUAGCGAAUUCAGUAAGCGAUCGACUAUCGGGUUGUCGAAAAUUUCAAAAUAUGUCUUUAGAGAGGAGAAUUAGGAUGGUGUUAUUACACCAUUGUUGCUCUCGGUGCCUAUCAGCGGAACACAUCUCUCGUGAUUGCACGAGUGAAGGCCAUUGUGGGCAAUGUAAAAGAAAACACCAUUCUAUGCUCCACUCGAAAACUCACGUCGCCGCUAAAUCUAAAAAACGCGCUCGAAACGAAGUUAACCGACCAGACGCCCCUGUGAACUCUUCGCCGUUGCCGUUGCUUCAUGUCGUGACAUUCUCUGUUGGUGCCGACAAAAUAUACCGAGUGAACAUUUGCUCACAAUAUGACUCAACGCAAAAUAUCACGUUUACAGUUAAAGUAAAAAAAAUGAUAGGCAUUCAAACACCGUUGCAAUCUGUAUCUGACUCGGUUAAGAUCCAUUUUCCAGGACUGCAAUUGGCAGAUCCUAGUUUUAAUGUCUCUGGCAAAGUCGCGCUUGUCAUUGGUCCGGAAAUUGCUCCACAGGUUUUAAAGGGAAAAAUUUAUUCGAACCCGGACUUCCAAUGGCUCAACACACCAUUUUUGGUUGGGUCAUUUCUGGCCAAGCCUCUCUUUGAGUGGCCCAGUUCAUGGUCUGAUUUAAAACCAUUCUCCCAUCUUUUGGUCCUAUGACCAAUUUGUUUUUUGAAAAAAAAAAAAAUUAAAUGAAAUAUUAAUUAAAUAAAUGAAAAAAAACCUAUUACUUUAAGCUCUUUAUUUCUUUUACCUCUUAAGUUUAUAUUAUGGUUGCAACGUUCUAUGUUGUUGCAAGGUGGCCGGCAAUGUUUAAGUUCGUUUAAUCUUGAACGUGUAUUUACGUUUUUUUCUUUUGAUUAUUUGAUACUUGUUAGGAUUUAGUAUACAGCCUUUUUUUACACCCUUGGGUGGGGAUAUUUUUCUAAAUUCUAACGAGUAAAACCGCUAACGGUAUCGGCUUAAAUAUUGUUCGCCACUUUCUGCCAAAAAAUAAUAAUUAUUAUUAGCUUCCUAAUCGUCAGCAAAUACGUUUCGUAUAAAUCAUCCACAAACACAAGGUAAUAUUUAAUAAAGAAAUAUUUUUGUUUAAACAAAAUUUUAAAACCACUUGUUGUUUUA